AUGAUACGAGAUGCUGCGAGAAUGUCAAGGAGAUGUGAGGAGUGCCAGCGCUUUUCCAAAAGAAUCCAUGCACCUGCAACAAAGCUGAAUUCGGUGGAUAGUCCAUGUCCUUUCUCAAAGUGGGGCAUAGAUAUCGUGGUACCCCUUAUCAAAGGAUCGGGGAAAAGACGAUUCUUGAUAGUAGCCAUGGAUUAUUUUAGUAAAUGGGUAGAAGCCAAGGCCCUAGCAAGAAUACGCGACUUGGAUGUUUUCACGUUCAUCUUCCAAAACAUUAUUUGUAGGUUCAGCAUCCCAGCGGAGAUUGUCUCCGACAAUGGAAAGCAGUUGCAAGGGAAGAACAUCGACAUGCUCUUUGAUACCUUCAAGAUCAGAAAGAACAAAUCGACCCCCAAAGCAAUGGCCAAGCAGAAGCCACGAACAAGAUCCUUGCCCUCAUACUCAAAAAUCAUUUGGACGAACACAAGGGACAAUGGUGUGAGCAAAUGUGUUAUGGGCAUACCGAACAACCCGAAGGUCGGCCACUGGAGAAUCACCAUUCCUCCUCACCUACGGAGCCGAAGCAGUCAUCCAAACAGAGAUCAUCAUGCCAACCACGAAGACCGAAGCAUGGGAGAAGAACCUCACUGCGGAUAUGAUGCUGGAAAGGCUCGAUGA